UGUGAUGUGGAGGAGGACUCUGAGUACAGUGUCCAGUUCAGCAAGAACAACAGGGGCCUGGGAUUCACUGUCACCAGCUCCAUAGGGGAGCAGAACUCUGGGGUGCAGGUGAAGAGCAUUGUGAAGGGCAGCUCUGUGGACCAAGCCAGUCAGAUACACAUCGGAGACAAGAUCUUAGCUGUGGAUGGUGUCAGCCUGCAGGGCUGCAGUGAGCAGAGAGCCCUGGAGGUCCUCAGGAAGACAGGCCAGAUAGUCAGACUGAGGCUGAUGAGGAGGGCCUCUAGGAUGGGUAAAACCAUGAAGUUGCCCCUCCACACCUGGAGCCCUACGUCGUCAACCGUACAGAGACAGGGGAACUUGACAAGACAGACCAGACUGGUGUCAUCAACAGAGGAAAACAAAUGUCUCUGCGUGAGAUGUCCAGAAGAGCCAGUAUGAUGUACUCUGAACAACGACUAGACGCCAGAACCGGAGUGAAGCUGACGGCUGCAGAGGAAGAGGAGUUGAAGAACAGGUGGCAGGCUGCUCUGGGACCCAGAUAUCAAGUGGUUGUGUGUCAGCUGGAGAGGUUCAGUGAGACCAGUGGUCUUGGCAUCAGCACGGAGGCCAGGGCAGGACACCACUACCUGUGCUCCGUCUUACCUGAGGGGCCCGUCGGACAGAGCAGGAAGAUACACCCUGGAGACCAGAUACUGGAGGCGAAUGGUAUCCCUCUGAUAGGAGAGACUCACAGAGAGGUGAUCAGCGUUCUGAGAGAGCUGCCUCUGUGUGUCUGUAUGGUGUGCUGCCGCGUCGUGCACCCACAGCUACGGGACAGUGACCACGACGAUGAUGAUGAUGAAGAUGUACAGCUCCCCCUCAAAGAGCUACUGGCUGAGUUCAACGGCAAGUCCCAGUAUGACCAGCCCUGCUGUCUACUUCCUGGUUGUAACAACAUGGAUUGUGGGAGUCGUGGUUUUAAUAAGCCUGUGUCUCCUCCUCUGGCCAUGUGGGAGAGAGACAGUCAGGUGAUAGAGCUGGUGAAGGGAGAGGAAGGCCUGGGAUUCAGCAUCCUAGACUACCAGGACCCAGAGGACGACUCCAAGACUGUCCUGGUGAUCCGCUCCCUGGUCCCCGGUGGCGUGGCCGACUCAGACGGACGCCUGCUGCCCGGUGACCGGCUCAUGUCCGUCAACGACGUGGACCUGGUCCGGUCGACGCUGGGGCGCGCCGUGCACGUCCUCAAAACCACCGGCUACGGGGUCGUGCGCAUCGGCGUCGCCAAGCCACUGCCGGUACGACAGGAACCCAAAACACUCUAA